AUGUCAUCAUUGCUUAGGGAUGCCGAGAAUAGGAAGAUCAUUCAUGGGAUUAAAAUUGGGAGACAUGUCAAUCCUAUCUCUCAUUUAUUUUUCGCAAAUGAUAGUCUUUUAUUUGUGAGAGCUUCGAAGGAGGAGGUGGAGGGUGUGUUGGAAAUCCUUUCUACUUAUGAAGUGGCUUCUGGUCAGAAACUGAAUAUGGACAAAUCAGAGGUGUCUUUCAGCCGAAACAUUGAGCAAGAACGGAAGAAUAUGCUUCAGAUGAAGUUAUCCUUUAAGGCCGUCGAAAGACAUGAAAAAUACCUCGGGCUUCCAACUUACAUUGGUAGUUCGAAGAAACAGGUUUUCCAUAAUAUUCAGGAUAGAGUUUGGAAGAAACUUAAAGGGUGGAAAGGGAAUUUUCUGUCACAAGCAGGAAGGGAGGUCUUGAUAAAGUCUAUAGCCCACGCGAUUCCAACAUAUGCAAUGCAUUGUUUUUCGAUCCCAAAUAGCAUCCUAAAUGGGAUUGAAAAAAUGUGUCGACAAUUUUUUUGGGGUCAAAAGGGUGAAGAGAGGAAGCUGUGUUGGGUGGCUUGGGAGAAGCUAUAUGUGUCAAAAAAGGAGGGGGGCUUGGGUUUUCGGAACAUGAAAAUUUUUAAUGAAGCUCUCCUUGCUAAGCAAGCCUGGUGUAUUUUGUCGAAUGAAGACUCUUUCGUGGCUAGAGUACUUAAAGGGAAGUACUUUCCCCAUACGACCUUAAUGGAAGCCAAGAUACAAGCGAACGCAAGCUAUACUUGGAGAUCAAUCAUGGGUGCGCGAGAGGUUCUUGCUAAAGGGGUGAGAAAAGCAGUUGGUAAUGGAUCUACGGUGCACAAUUGGAAGGAUCCUUGGAUCCCAAACCUUCCGAAUUUCAGGACUCUUGAGGCUUGGUUUUCUUCGGUGGAAGUGAAUGAAAUAUGUAAUAUUCCGAUCCCAAUGUUUGAUAGAAAGGAUUCAUGGGUGUGGCAUUAUACGAAGGAUGGGAAUUACUCAGUUCGUAGUGCUUACAACCUUCUCACUGUUGAGCAAAAAAAUGAUACGGCCUCGAAUUCGACUACAGUGAGUAAGGUAGACUGGUCAAUGGUCUGGGAUGCUGAGCUUCCGCCUAAAGUAAAAUUUUUUUCUUGGCGUGCUAUGAAGAAUGCCGUCGCUGCUAGGUACAGUUUGGCCAAACGCGCUAUGCCUAUCGAUACUACUUGUCCUAUGUGUGGAAAUGAUGUCGAAAGUGCCCUGCAUAUGUUGAUUAAAUGUGAAGAGGCGAAGCGAAUCUGGAGAAACGCUUGGGUCUUUGAUGGGAGAAAGAAAGAUGCUAGUGAAACCAUCCACAAGGCUGUGGGAAUGGUGGGUGAUUAUGAAAGUGCUCUGGAGAAUUCUACUUUGUCCUCAAAUCCUCAGCAGUUUGAAUCUCAAUGGAAGCCACCGGUGGAAGGAGUGAUCAAAAUCAAUUCGGAUGCAGCAACUUUUGGCUCGAAUCAGGUGGGGUUGGGUGCUGUAAUGCGGGACAGAGUUGGUGAUGUUGUUGCCUCGACUUGCCUUUGUCUUAAAGGUAAUUAUGAGGUCGAUGUUGUUGAAGCAUUGGCGAUGAGACACGCCUUAGCCAUAUCCUUGGAGUCGGGCUUCAAUAGAGUGUGUUUGAAAACAGAUUGCUUGAAACUCCAUCACCAUUUGAAGAAGAAGACUGCCCCUGCUACUGCGUUUGGUCUGAUUGUACAUGACAUUUUGAAGCUUGCUCUUCAAUGCCAGGAAUACUCCUCCUUUGUGAAACGAGGUGGUAAUCGAGUUGCCCACGAACUAGCUAAAAUUAGUUCUUCCUUUACUGAGCUUAGAGUAUGGAUGGAGGAGGUCCCUUUGGGCAUCUCUGACUUUGUAAUUGUUGAUUUAAACGCUUUGAUUGACUAA